AAGAAAGUUGAAAGAAGUAAAGAAAGAACAAAUAAAGGCUACACUUGAUGAACGACUUGUGAGUGGGUCACCGAAAGAUGACGGAAAUGGCAAUAAUGAAGAAACUAGAGGGCAAAGUAGCCAUAAUCACCGGCGGGGCGAGCGGCAUCGGCGAGGAAACAGCGCGUCUUUUUGCGGAUCACGGUGCACGCGCGGUUGUGAUUGCCGACAUCCAAGACGAGCUAGGCCAGCGUGUGGCGGAGUCCAUCGGUCCAAAAUGCACCUACGUUCACUGCGACGUAACUGACGAAGAUCAGGUCAAAGACAUCGUGGAAUCAACGGUCCGGAUUCACGGCCAGCUCGACAUCAUGUUCAGCAACGCAGGCAUCAUCAGUCCCUCGGAUCAGCUGAUUCUCGAUCUCGACUUCUCCCAGUUCGACCGCCUCUUCGCCAUCAACGUCCGCGGCCUGGCCGCGUGCGUGAAGCAGGCGGCGCGUGCAAUGGUGGAGCGGCGCGUGAGGGGCAGCAUCGUCUGCACAGCGAGCGUGGCCGGCAGGAAAGGGGGGCGGAGGCGGACCGACUACCACAUGUCGAAGCACGCGGUGAUUGGGCUGGUCCGAUCAGCGAGCCGGCAGCUCGGUGAGCACGGGAUUAGGGUGAACAGUGUGUCGCCGUAUGCGGUGGCGACGCCGAUGAUGUGCAAGGCGCAUGAGAAGGAGGCGGAGGAGGUGGAGAAAACUUAUGAGCCUUUUACGAGCUUGCAAGGGAUUGUAUUGAAAGUGAAACAUGUUGCUGAUGCUGUGUUGUUCCUUGCCUCCGAUGACGCCGCAUUCAUUUCCGGGCACGACCUCGUCGUUGACGGCGGAUUCACUUCUUGACGACCACCUUUCAUAUUCAAGUGGGUUGUUGGUUAGUUAUUAAAAAUAUUCGACUAAAUGAAAGUAGUCGAUAGACAUAUUUAUAUGAUAAAUUUUAGAUGUGUUGGUUUAAUAGAUCAAAUGAGUCACAACUUAUUCGAUGAUGAUAAAUUUUCAGUUUAAGAGAGCAUUGUAUGGUUUAAUUCUAAUGGUUCAUUAAUCUUUAAA